GGCGGCCGAAGACGGAGCCGGCGCCGGGCGGCCGCGCACGAAGAACGUAAGUUCCAGGAAAGCAGGAACCUUGUCUCUUGCUCACUGGCGUGCCCCCUGCAUGUAGAACAGUGCCCGGCACGCCGUGGUGCUGAGGCCUGCGGUGGGAAUCCCAGCUUCACAGCUCACACAAACACGUCCAAUGGAGCUGAACUCCCAAAGGGGACAGAAACCAUAAAAGCCUAAGAAGACUUAAGAGACUCUUUAUACAGCCUAGUAUUUGUAAAGACCUUCUGAUCAAGAUUAAACACCCAAGAGCUAUAAGAGAAAUCAUUAAAAAAAUUAAUCUGUAUAAAAAUUUAAUUUUAUGGCAGAAGAUACUAAAAGUCAAAAGAUAAAUGCUAGAUGAGCAGGUUUUGCUUCCAGCGCUACUAUUUACCCGUCGAUUCUGCAUCCAUCCUGGGAGGAUCCAAGACCUGCAGGAAAGUCUGCGGCUCCAGCCGAGACCCAGGCAGCCCCCCGGCACCGCUGCGGCCUGGAGCGGAGCCCCCGGGGUCAGCAGCCCGAGAGAAGGGGCGUCUCUGCAGGAAAGGCCGCUGGUGAUUCCCGGUGCCUCAGACGCACCCACACUCACAUCGUGUGAAAGGCAGCACACCCAAGACCCUGCGCCUGGGCACAGCUCCCCAGCCAGCGCCGGCUGCUCCCCGAUGGCAGCCACGAAGCCCAAGGCCGGCUGCGCCCAGAACCCCGGCUGCCGCAUAAUGACCUUCCACCCGACCCCGGAGGAGUUCAAGGACUUCGACAGGUACAUCGCGCACAUGGAGUCGCGCGGCGCGCACCGCGCGGGCCUGGCCAGGGUCGUCCCGCCCAAGGGGUGGCAGGCCCGGCAGACCUACGCGGACAUCGACGACAUCCUCAUCGCGGCGCCGCUGCAGCAGGUGGUGUCGGGCCGGGCGGGCGUGUUCACCCAGUACCACCGGCGGCGGCCGGCCAUGACGGUGGGCGAGUUCCGGCGCCUGGCCGAGAGCGCGCGCUACCGCCCGCCGCCGCACCCGGACGCCGCGGCCCUGGAGCGCGAGUACUGGCGCGCGCGGCCCUACGCGCCGCCCCUCUACGGCGCCGACGUCAGCGGCUCGCUGUUCGACGGGCACGCGCCGCAGUGGGACCUGGGGCGCCUGGGCACCGUGCAGGACCUGCUGGAGCAGGAGAGCGGCGUGGUGAUCGAGGGCGUGAACACGCCCUACCUGUACUUCGGCAUGUGGAAGGCCACGUUCGCCUGGCACACGGAGGACAUGGACCUGUACAGCAUCAACUACCUGCACCUGGGCGCGCCCAAGACGUGGUACGCGGUGCCCCCCGAGCACGGGCGGCGCCUGGAGCGCCUGGCGCGCGAGCUCUUCCCGGGCAGCGCGCGCGGCUGCGGCGCCUUCCUGCGGCACAAGGUGGCCCUGAUGUCGCCCACGGUGCUCCGGGACAACGGCAUCCCGUGCGGCCGCGCCACGCAGCGCGCGGGCGAGUUCAUGGUGACCUUCCCCUUCGGCUACCACGCGGGCUUCAACCACGGCUUCAACUGCGCGGAGGCCAUCAACUUCGCCACGCCGCGCUGGGUGGACUACGGCAAGGCGGCGGCGCAGUGCAGCUGCGGGGAGGCGCGCGUCAGCUUCCCCAUGGACGCCUUCGUGCGCGUGCUGCAGCCCGAGCGCUACGAGCGGUGGAAGCGCGGCCUGGACCAGGCGGCGCCGGACCACGCGGGGCUGCCCGGCCCGGGGGCCGCGGGGCUGAGCGCCUGGCGGGCGGCGCGGGGGCCGCGGGCGGCGGGGCAAGGCCCGAGGCACCUGCCCCCGCGGCGGGCCCCGCGCGCCCCGCAGCCCGGCCCCGCGCUGGGCGGCCCGGACCCCCGAGCCCCGGCGCGCCCCGCGGCUUCGGGGGGCGGCCGCCGGCCCCGCGAGCAGGACGCUCAGGAGCCCCCGGUGCGCGCGCGGGCCAAGAGGCGCCUGGGGGGGGGCGCUGCCGUCCACCUCGAGGCCCAGGCCCUGCCUGCGGAGGGCGCCCCCGGGGACGGCCCCGCCGCGCUGCCCCCUGCGCCCCAGCACGCCGCGGGGGCCUCCGGGGGUCGCUCGCUGCCACCUCUGUGCCCUGGGCCUCCGGUGCUCCGGGGCACUGCCCUGUGGUUCGAGAAGGUCCACGAGACCCGGGAGGCCCCGGAGGAGCUGAAGGACUUCGCCAGGUACAUCGCCUACAUGGAGCCGCGCGGCUCCCACCGUGCCGGCCUGGACAGGAUCACCCCGCCCAAGGGGCGGAAGGCCAGGCAGACCUACGCGGACAUCGACGACAUCCUCAUCACCUCGCCCCUGCAGCAGACCAAGAGGCACCUGUCGCAGGGCAAAGGGGGCGCAGCUGUCUACCCCGAGGCCCAGCUCCUGCCUGCGGAAGGCGCCUCCAGGGACAGCCCCGCCGAGCUGCCCCCUGGGCCCCAGCACGCUGCGGAGGCUUCUGGGUGUCGCUGUGCCCCUGAUCUUCAACCCUUGGGGCCCCCCUUGGAUCCGGAGGAGCCCAUGCACCCUGGCCCCUGCCUGCUUUCCCUGGACAGCAUCACGGUGGAUCUCCCCGACUUGGCGCCCGAGGUGGUGCCCCGCAUCGAGUGGCUGCACAGCAAUGCUCCCUGGGUGGCCGUUCAGGGCUUCAAGACCCGCCGGCCCCUGGCUGAGACCAUGUGGGGGGGUCCCAUGUGGGGGGACCACUCUUACUGCUGCAGAGAGCCUGCCCCCCCCAGCUCCUUUUGCACCCCUGACGGUGGCCCUGGCCUACAUCUAGGGUCAGCUGCCCUUCUUGGCCAUGAAGUCACCCCUGCGGAUGGGCUCCCCUCUGGGCCCCAGACACAGACUUUGCUGAAUGAUGUUCAUUGUUCCCCAAGCCGGGAACCCAGACGCGUCACCACCUAGAACGACAGUCUCCCGGGCUUCAGGCGCUUCCGCUUGGGGCAAGACAUGGGUCCAUGCCCCGGCCCU